AUGGAUCGGGCAACGAAGUCGCGUUCAGCGGUACGUAGGGCGUUCACGACGAUCGCAAAUAAGUUGAAUGAGAUGAUAGAAGCAGAAUCACCAGACAUUAAUAACAUUCGUGCCAAUUUAGAGCUGUUUCAUGAUAAAGCUGAAUCUCUACGACACGCCAAUCAAGAGAUUUAUGACUUGAUGUUGGAUGCUGACGCUACGGAGGAUCAGUUAGAUACGGAAAUAGCAUGUGUAGAUAGAUCAACUGCAGAAGAAUUAGAGUAUCCAGUUAAGAGGCGGGAGAAAAUUAUUCAUACCUUAUUUGGGGGUACCAGUACUGAUGAGCAAGAUCAUGCAUGUUAUGAUGUAAGGGUCUUAGAUUUGGAUCAGAGGUAUGCUUUUCGAUUCGAAGUUUUAGAACAAUCGAUUAUCUGUGACAAUAUAAUACCAGUCUUUAAUGGACCAUGGAUGAAUGAAUUAGACAGAUUGCAGAUAAAAAUAUCAGAUGUUACAAUCGCCACUCCGGUGGAGAUACUCAUAGGCGCAGAUGUUGCUGGAAAACUACUAACAGGCAAAAAGUAUGUUUUAGAUUGUGGUCCAGUAGCUGUAGAAACGUAUUUGGGUUGGACAUUGUUGGGCAAAGUUCCUGUUUUGAACAAACAGAAAAGCAUUACUGCUAUGUCUGUGACCUCGAUGUUAUGUAAGGAUGUUACCAUUACAAAUUUAUGGAAUUUGGAUAUUAUCGGCAUUGAUGAUCCUGUUGACAAACAAUCUAAAGAAGAGAUCAAUUUAGCAGUAAACGAGUAUUUUUUGGAAACGGUUCAAAUAGACGAGGAUGGACGGUAUGUGGUACAAAUGCCAUGGAAACAAGGACACCCACCUUUAAGAAAGAAUAUAGAUAUCGCUAAAAAACGUAUCGAAAGUAUAGCUAAGAAACUACAACGAGAUGGUUUAUUUGAUGACUAUGGGGAUGUGCUUAAAGAAUGGGAACAAAUUGGUAUUAUUGAAGAGGUAACAGAAAGAAACGCAAUAAAUAAUGAAAAUGUGUUUUAUCUGCUACAUCGACCAAUAAUAAAAGCUAGUAGCACAACUACUAAAAUUCGCCCUUAUUCCCAUUCCGACAUCGAAAGGUCAGGAUUUGACAUGGUUAAUGACCACAGCCGUAAUGCGGAUAGCGACUUCGUCGAGGUUCGUGGAUUUUCAAAACCGCAGACACUUUCAUAG